AUGCCCGAUUCCAAGAUGCUGUCGCCCAUCGGCACCCAGCAAGAUGAAGAGGAGGCCUUCCAGCCCCCAUCUCUGAAAGUCCUGCUCUGGACUCAACUCUCCCACCAGAGGGCGGCCUUCGAGGUUGGCUAUGUUGCGCUGGCGGUUCCCUAG